AAUGAAAUGUCUUUUGAGUUUCUGUGGAAAUAUCUUCAGACCUAUUUCGCGCAUGUAAAGCGACCGGCUUUCUCUCUUCUGGGUCAAGACUACUGCGAGCUGGGUGGUGAUUGUAGUCCUUGCUAAGCCGUUUUUCGUUGGUAAAAAGUACUCGACCACUGGUAUGUAUAUAUAUAUAUUUUCACGUAUAGGAUUGGUCCUUCAUCAUCAAUUUGAAUCCCAGCUGGGUUUAUCGUGAUGUAGUUUUACAGUAACGGGAGAGAAAUGGAGUUUUUUGGGGUUAGUUUGUGACUUAAUUUGACUGAGCCUUGGUACUCUUUGGGGUUGUAGAUUGAAAUGGUUGUGAUAAUUAUGACAAAUUCUUUCAUGGGUGUAUCUUGUUUCCAUAGAAGUGGGAUUUAUGGUUCUAGUUAUAAUGGGAAACUAGUUUCAUCUUGUGGGUUUUCAAAUUCACAGAAACUUAUAUAUCGAGUUGGUUGGAGCAGAAUAAAUGUUGAAAAGAUAAGAUUUUUGGAUUUUAGGAUGCUUACUGUUGGAGCUGUUAAUGCCUUAUCCAAGGGGGAGACUGAUAAUGUUCUAUCUGGUGGUGGGAUUCUUGAAAAAGAGUUUGAGUUUAGGCCAACUUUUGAUGAGUAUUUGAAGACUCUGGAAUCAGUUAGAACAGGGCGGGAAAAGAAGCAAACCCAUAGAUCAGAUAGAGACAAGGUGAAGCAUGAUUCUAGUGGAAGUGAUGUGCUGGAAACACCGAUUUUGGAAAGAGGUGAAAAAGAUGUGAAAUUGAGGGAUUCAGGUGGAUUUCCAAAGGGAAAAAAGAUGUCUAAAGUUGGCAAACACCAAGUGAAUGGGAAUGACAAGGGAAUCGCUGCUCGAGAAGGUAAAGUGAGACAUGACUUUGACCAUGAAGAGAGGGGCAUUGGAGAAUCAAGGAAUCGCUUAAAUAGAGAAAAAAGAGGCAGAGACGAAAUAGUACCAAUUAUAGUGGGAGGACAGGCCAUGAAAACGAAACAUUCUAAGGACUCCAGGUUGGGUAAGAGUAAGAAGCUUCAAGAUCCUCAAGAAGGCUCCGUGAUAUCAUAUAAUGCUCAUAGCAAAGGAAGUACCAUUGACAAGAAAGGGGAGUUAGGUCGUAACAGAACUUCCACAGAUAUGUUGGGGAGGAAAGAGAAAAGCUUCAAAGGAGAAAACUUUGGUGUUACACUUUCAAAGGACCGUAUCCAGGCUGAGAGAGAUGCCGAGAAGAGAACUGUAUCAAGUAGUCUAAGGUUAAUUAGAAGCAGCAAAAAAGCAUCCGGCAAUGAAAAUUAUGGUAGUAGUUUGGAAAUGGAAAGAGCCGCCUUUAAGAAUUUUGAGGAACCUAUUGAUGUUGUGAACAAGCCAGGAGUUCCAAGGAUAGAAAUGGAGGAGAGAAUUCAGAAGUUAGCCAAAUGGUUGAAUGGUGCAGACAUUGAUGUACCUGAAUGGACCUUUUCUAAGACGAUGCGAAGUGCAAAAAUCAAAUAUACAGACCAUACUAUAUUGAGGGUGAUCCAGAUACUUGGUAAACUCGGAAACUGGAGGCGAGUUCUACAAGUAAUUGAGUGGCUUCAAAUGCGUGAACGUUUCAAAUCCCACAAGCUCAGAUACAUUUACACGACUGCUCUUCAUGUACUUGGGAAGGCAAGGAGACCUGUGGAAGCUCUCAAUGUAUUCCAUGCGAUGCAGCAACAAAUGUCAUCAUAUCCCGACUUGGUAGCCUAUCAUUCUAUUGCCGUCACUCUUGGACAAGCAGGGCAUAUGAAGGAACUCUUUGAUGUGAUUGAUAGCAUGAAAUCUCCACCUAAGAAGAUGCUCAAAACAAGCGUACUUGUAAAGUGGGACCCUCGGUUAGAACCUGAUAUUGUUGUCUAUAAUGCGGUCCUAAAUGCUUGUGUUCAGCGAAAACAGUGGGAGGGAGCAUUUUGGGUUUUGCAGCAGUUAAAGCAACAAGGUCAACGACCUACAGCUUCAACAUAUGGACUUGUCAUGGAGGUGAUGUUUGCAUGCGGCAAGUACAACUUGGUUCAUGAGUUUUUCAGGAAAGUGCAGAAAUCCUCCAUUCCAAAUUCUCUGGCAUAUAGAGUUCUUGUAAAUACUCUUUGGAAGGAAGGUAAAAUAGACGAAGCUGUAUGGGCAGUUCAAGACAUGGAACGACGUGGAAUUGUGGGAUCCGCUGCUCUUUAUUAUGACCUUGCUCGCUGUCUUUGUAGUGCAGGAAGAUGCCAAGAAGGACUGAUGCUGUUCAAAAUAUUUUGCGAGUAACAGAAGGAUUGGGUUCUUUUAGAAGUCUUUAAUUCUCAGGCAAGAUGAAGUCAAGCAACUAAUGGAAUGAAAGUGAGGUAGUUAUAUGAUGCUAACGAUUUUGACUUGAUUCGGAAUAGAUAGUUCCAGAUACUCGGAUUUUUGUUGUUGAGUCAUAUUCUUUACUCUAUGGAGGAUUUAAAGGACUUCCUUGAUAUUUUGGUAGAUAUCUAAAUAAUUUGUAUACGAAUUGGCACCCUUUUGGUACCGGUUAUUAAUGAUAUUUUUCGUACUUUAUAUUUAAAAUA